CUUUUGGUUUUUCGCUUCUUCUUCAUCACCCCCCCCUUCCCCCCCCCUCCCUUCCCCUUACGUCGUUGAGGUUUGAUUCCUGUUUUUGUACCUGUGUAAUCCACUUGCCCCCAUCAUCAUGGCCAUAGGCGUGGCUCUUCUCGCCUUCAUCGCCUUCUGCGCAUGGCGGCUGUACACUGCCAUCAAGCUCAAGAGGAAGCUUCCUGAGGGGGCGAAGCCUCUCCCAGGGCCCAAGGGUCUCCCUCUCAUCGGACGUGUUCACGAUGUACCAGCCGAGGCAGCUUGGCUCAAGUUCUACGAGUGGAGCAAGGAGUAUGGUCCCAUCUACCAGCACGAGAUGUUCGGUUCCGUCCACAUCUGGAUCUCCUCGGAGCAGGUUGCCCACGACCUCCUCGGCCGCCGCAAUGUCAUCUACUCUGACCGGCCCAUGAUUCCCAACCUUCCAGACAACAGGACGAGCGGUGACUACCUCGCCCUCCUCGGCCGCACAGAAACAUGGAAGCGCCAGCGCAAGCUUUGCCACCACCUCAUGAACCAGAGUGACAAGCAGGAGCUCCACGAGUACCCGACCCGCGAGCGUGAUCGUUUCUUGUGGCUGCUGUACCAGAAGCCCAGUGAGUAUCGCGAGUACGUUGAGCAGUUCACCAGCCGCACUGUCAGCCGUCUCUCCUGGGGCACUGCCCACCCCGCCCGUAUCCUACGCAAGACCACCUUUGGCCUGCUCGAAACCAUCUCGCCUGCCGGUGCCCUUCCUAACGUCGUCUCCUUUCUUAUGCACGUCCCAGCCGCUCUGUCGCCGUGGAAGAAGAAGGAGAAGGAACGCCACGAGACUGAGUCGAAGCAGUUCACCAGCAAUAUUCAGUACGUCAAGGACCAGAUUGAGAAGGGCACCGCGCAACCGAGCUUCAUCAGCACCUUCAUCAACGAGGGCCUCGGCAACGAGAAGGGCAAAUGGGGCGAUCUCCAGGAGGCUCAGAACGUCGUCGGUCUCAUGGCCAUCGCCGGUGCUCUGACCAUCGGCAGCCCCAUCCAGAGUUUCAUCCUCGCCAUGCUGCAUUACCCCGAGUGGCAGGCCAAGCUGCAAAAGGAAAUCGACGAGGUCUGCGGAGGCAAAUGCCCGCAGUGGGCGGACCGCGAGAAGCUGCCCAUGUUGAGAGCCGUCGUCAAGGAGGUCAUCCGCUGGAGGCCCCCUGUCCCUACCGGCAUUCCCCACGCGCUUGAGAAGGACGAUGUCUACAACGGUUACUUCAUCCCCGCGGGCGCCACCAUCCACGCUCUUGAGUGGGGUAUCACCCGUGAUGAAUCCACAUACCCCGACCCCGAGACGUUCAACCCCGACCGCUGGCUGCAGCCCGAGUACCCGACCUACAAGGAGCCUCUCACCCGUUUCCCCACCCUCGACGGCUUCAGCCAGUUUGGUUUCGGCCGCAGAACCUGCCAAGGUAUCCCCAUCGUCGACCAGGACCUCUUCCUGACCAUGGGCGGCAUGGCCUGGGCCUUCAACAUCCAGCACAAGCGCAACGCCGAUGGUACCAAGGUCCCCGUCCACUGGAACGACUACACCCCGCUGCUGAUCGCUAAGCCGGCCCCCUUCGAGUUCGACGCCAUCAUCCGCACGCCUGAGAAGGCCGACCUGCUGCGGUCCAUGUUCGAGGCCGCCAAGGAGGAGGAGGAGCACGAGGAGAAGAUGAUGAAGCUGGGCAUGCCCGACGUCGACAUGCGCGACCAGAAGAAGAACGGCCCCAUCUCGACCAAGCCGCCGUCGCUGACGAUGAACCUCCGCCAGAAGAAGGAGGAGGGCGACCGCGAGAAGCUGUACCGCGAGCACGAGCGCGACAUCCCCGGGUGCCCCGGGCGGUGGGCGACCGAGAGCGACAUCGACUCGGGCAACGAGAAGGGGUAUGUCGACGAGGACAGCUGCUCGGGAAGUUCGUCGCCGGCGAUGCUGCCAUCAGUAGAGUAAAGCGUUUUGUCGAAUGGCUUUGCUGUAUUGAUUGGGGUGUACCGGAAACAUGACAUGGGGAAGCACGUAGACCAGAGGAUCAGAGCAUUCUGGAGGAGAGAAAGAUGAGGAAGACAUCCAUGGCCCCGCGCCAACGGCCACCUGAACAUAUUACGGAGAUUGAAGGGUCGUUUGUCUUGUUUUUACUAUGUUUUUGACUUGGUGGUUCUGGAGCAAAUAAAGACGACGACUGCCACAGCAGAAGCCGCGGGGGUUAUCAAGGGGUCUAGAAUGCGAUAUGGAUAUAAUACCUUCUACGAUGUAUGAAUAUAGACACUCCAACUACCGCUAUUAGUCUAUCAAAACUUAACCGAGUAUGUCUGGUCUGCGCGAGGUUGUCGUCUAGGUGAGGUUUUCAUUUGUAGUGGUGUCUAAGGGACUCGAUCCAACUUGAUUUGACAAGG